GCUGCGCGUCGCGGGCGGGGCCUCUGGGGCGGAGCGGCCACCAUCUUGGAACAGGAGGCGGAGCAGAGCCGACUGGGAGCGACCGAGCGGGCCGCCGCUGCCGCCAUGAACCCCGAAUAUGACUACCUGUUUAAGCUGCUUUUGAUUGGUGACUCGGGCGUGGGCAAGUCAUGCCUGCUCCUUCGGUUUGCUGAUGACACAUACACAGAGAGCUACAUCAGCACCAUCGGGGUGGACUUCAAGAUCCGAACCAUUGAGCUGGAUGGCAAAACCAUCAAACUUCAGAUCUGGGACACGGCUGGUCAGGAGCGGUUCCGGACCAUCACCUCCAGCUACUACCGGGGAGCUCAUGGCAUCAUUGUGGUGUAUGACGUCACCGACCAGGAAUCCUAUGCCAACGUGAAGCAGUGGCUACAGGAGAUCGACCGCUAUGCCAGCGAGAAUGUGAACAAGCUCCUGGUGGGCAACAAGAGUGACCUCACCACCAAGAAGGUGGUGGAUAACACCACAGCCAAGGAGUUUGCAGACUCUCUGGGCAUCCCCUUCCUGGAGACGAGUGCCAAGAACGCCACCAACGUUGAGCAGGCGUUCAUGACCAUGGCUGCUGAAAUAAAAAAGCGGAUGGGCCCGGGGGCUGCCACCGGGGGUGAGCGACCCAACCUCAAGAUCGACAGCACCCCUGUGAAGCCAGCUGGUGGCGGCUGUUGCUAGAAGGGGCGCGGGGGUGGGACAGGAGGGACACCUUCUCCAGAUGAUGCUCCUGGAGGGGGCAGGAGGUGCCUCCCUCUCCUGGGGUAUUUGAGUCUGUGGCUUUGGGGUGUCCUUGGCUCCUCAUCUCCCUCUGGCCCAUCUGCCUGCCACCCUGAGCCUCGGUUCUGCCAGGCCCCAAGGGAGGACACCCAGGACCUGGGGCUGGGGCGCGGUGGGCCCUGCUCUGCUGCUGCCUCUAGGUAACUUAAGAUACGCCACCACACACUUUUCUUUGGGAUGAGGGCCCUCUGUCUGUCUCCCUCCCCUGGCCCCCAUGUAUGCUGCAGUGGGUUUCUCUCCUUGUCCUUCUCCCCUGCCCAACCCUUCCCCACGAACUGAGGGCCUCCUGGCCUCUACUGCCCAGGCUGAAGUCAGUGCCCGGCGCCAGAAAUGGGACCGGGACCAGAACCUGGGAUCCAGGGUCCUAGGUCGGACCUCAGGACGGGCAUGGGGUUACAGGGGCCCAACAGCACCCCCUUUCCCCUCCUCCCUACCGCUCCUCCCACCCCUCCCACACUCACAGCUCCAGCUGUCCAGCCAGUGAGGUCUGAGCCCAUCUAGUGCAGGUGGGCGGGCAGCCGAGCUGGGCCUGUGUCUUGUGCCCAGAGGGAGCCCGCUCUUGCCACCCCCUGCCCUGCCAGAGCCAGGCCCAUGUGCUGCCUGCCCACCGUGCCCCUUUGUCCUCAAGGCAGGCGGAGGUGGAAGGCACACCUUGCCAGAGGCCCGGCACCAGCCUUAACCCUCACUCUGCCAGCACCUCCCUUUCCCUGAGGCAGCGCAGUGGCUUUCUCUCCCCUUCCUUGGAGCCUACAAGGGCAGGUCCUCAUCCUCUGUUGCUACUUCUCUGGGGAAUAUGGGUGCAACCCAGGGUUGGGGGUCUCUCUUCUCACCCCCUCCCACCCAGGAUCCUAGCCCCUGGCCCUCUGGCACAGCUUCUUCCUGCAAAAAAAACCUUUGUUCUCUACCUGACAAGCCAUGUCCCUUGUGCUGUCUCGCGCCUGUCCCACCUGUGCCCUGCCUUCCAGCUUGUAUUUAAGUCCCUGGGUUGCCUCUUAGGGUGCCCCCCUUCUCCCAGGUUCCCCUCUGGUCAUGUCAGGCAUUUUGCAAGGAAAAGCCACUUGGGGAAAAGACAGAAAGGACAAAAAAAUAAAUUUCCACUGGCCCUCCGGUGAGCCGAGGGUUUUUGCAAGGAA